AUGGACGAGAUCACCAUCACAGCACCAGCAGACUUCCACGUUCAUGUCCGCCAGGGCAAGAUGUGCGAGCUCGUCACGCCGCACGUACACCAGGGCGGUAUACGGACCGCAUACGUGAUGCCCAACCUUGUACCCCCAAUCUCUUCGGCGGAGCGGGCACUCGAAUACCGGGAAGAGCUGAGACGACUUGCUCCUGAUGUCGAAUGGCUCAUGACGCUGUAUCUGGGGCCGGACAUUACGCCGGAGGAGAUCCGGAAAGCUGCCAAAGUUGGGAUUAGCGGAGUCAAGUCAUACCCUCGCGGAGUCACAACCAAUUCGUCGGCCGGUAUCGAGGACUACGGGGUGUACUACCCAGUCUUCAAGGCGAUGGAGGAGGAGGGACUGGUUCUGAAUCUGCAUGGAGAGGUGCCGAGUGACCCAGAAAAGAACAUCUCGGUACUCAAUGCAGAGAAGCUCUUCCUGACGCAUCUACGCAAGCUCGCUGCGGACUUUCCCAAGCUCCGUGUAGUGCUUGAGCACGCUACUACCGCGGAAGCCAUCGAAUGCGUCACCUCCCUCCCAUCGAACGUCGCCUGCACCAUUACCGCACACCACCUUUCUCUCACGGUAGACGCGGUCGUCGGGCAGCCGUACCACUUUUGCAAACCUAUCGCCAAGGAGCCUCGCGAUCGACAAGCUCUCCAAUCCGCUGUCCUCUCCGGCAACCCCAAAUUCUUCCUUGGAUCAGACUCUGCCCCACAUCCGUCCGGGUCCAAACACCCACAUAUUCAGGAAAACGCGGCGCCAACGGCAUGCGCCGCGGGAGUGUAUACCAGCCCGUUCCUGGUGCCGCUUGUCGCGCACUUGCUGGAGGGUUUCGGGGCCCUGGACAAGCUCGAGGGGUUUGUCAGUUCUCAUGGGAGGACUUUCUACGGUGUGCCAGCGGAGAAGGGGAAGCGGGAUGUGAGGCUGAGGAGGACUGGGAAGGAAGGGGGAAUGGUGCCUGGCCUGAUUAGGGGGGAGGGUGCGGAGGUAGUACCGUUCUGGGCAGGGAAGCAAUUGGGCUGGGAGAUCAUCUCAUGA